UUGCUGUUGCGCCCACUCUCACAAUGGAUGGCUUUGCCUUCUUCCUUUAUUCUCCCAACCACCCUCACCCAUCGGUUCCAUGCGUAGGAUCCAUGAUAGCAGAGUAGAAAAGAAAGCAGUCCCAUAAAAGAAGAAACGGGCAGUUUCAGACCAACGCCGAGGCCUCGCCACCAUUCCUUCCCUUCAUUAAAUGCUGUUUGCUUGUCUCGGGAAAUUGAAUGCAUGGAGGCUGCGUUGAAGAUGGGUCUCAUCAACAAACCCAGCCCCAAACUCCAUUUGGAUGAGCUUCGGUCUGCAAACCCGCAAAGCUCUGCAUCCCCCUCCUCCGAUUACAUUUUUGUAGACCAACUUUUCAACUUUUCAAAUGAAGAAGAAGACGAGGAGGAGGAGGAGGCAGAGGGUGAAGAGAAAAACAACCAUUCCUCUGUUUCUGCUCCCUUGCAACUUCAACAACACCGUGAGAGCGACGAAAAUUCCAACCACAGCUCCACCAAUUCCUCUGGAGAUGUCUUUUGGUCUGUUUCUUCAAGAGAUUUUGAAGACCUCGAAUGGCUGUCCCAUCUCGUCGCCGACUCCACCCAAGAAGAAUACUCUGCCGUACCACUGAACUGCUCUGUUUUUUUGACAGAGAAACCCAAUAGUUACCAAAAGGAACCAACCCACCAUGCUCCCAUCCUUCCGAAUUUUGAAUCUAAUCUCAACACCCCAUUUCCCUCAAAGCCAAGAAGCAAGCGAGCAAAAAUCUCCGGCCGAGUCUGGUCAUUAACGAAUUCAAUUUCUUCUCCAUCGUUAUACCCACCACAGGCGAAGAAACCAAAGAAAAACUCAGCAGAGGAGGGUUCCGGCAGGGGGCAGGCGCCACGGCGGUGUAGCCAUUGCGGCGUUCAAAAAACCCCACAGUGGCGAGCUGGUCCGCUGGGGUCCAAGACUCUAUGUAACGCGUGCGGUGUACGGUUCAAAUCCGGGCGGCUUUUUCCCGAAUAUAGACCGGCUUGUAGCCCGACGUUCUCGAGCGAGCUUCAUUCAAACCACCACCGGAAAGUACUGGAGAUGCGACAGAAAAAAGAAACGGAGACGACCCACUCCGGUCCAGACCCAACCCCGUAGGAGUAGUGUAAAAGAACCAGAAUAGACGAACCCGGUUCAAAGAGAGAGGCAAUUAAGUUUAGUGGUUCAGUGUGU